AGGGGUGGCAGCAGGAGGUGACUCCCUCACACGGAAGGUAAGAAGUGCAAACCACACCUGUGGGCUCGGCUCAAAGCUUUCACUCCUCGGUGUCUGAACGUGCCCUGUGGCCACCGUUUUGGUGGCCGGGCAGAGGCCAAAGCCACGGGGUGGCGCGUGCUGCUACCUGCCUGCUCUGCGGAGCCCGGGGGGCCAGCCUACCCCAGCAGCAUUUCAGGCCCCUCGCGCAGCCAUUGGGGCUUUGACUUGUGGGUGGAAACUUCCCGGGGUUUGCUCUGAGCUUCUUGAGGCUUCUCGGCUUCAGAUGCAAAGCGAGUGGGUGUCUCUCUGAGAAGCAGAAAGAGAGAACGAAAGAGCGAACGAAAGAGAGGUGUUUCCCUUGGCUAUGGAAACUAUAAAGGCGGAGCCGGCUUCCCCUCGCUGCGUCAGUCAGCAGCAGCGGUCCCCUCCUUGACCCCUGGGACUUCACGGGAUUGAGAAGAAGGAAAACGCUUUUGCUGGGGCCUUCCUGAGUCAGUGGCUGCCAUGCAGCAGCCCUUAAACUACCCAUACCCCCAAAUCUACUGGGUGGACAGCAGCGCCAGCUCGCCCUGGGCUCCUCCGGGGUCAGUCCUCCCCUGUCCGGCCUCGGCGCCCAGGAGGCCGGGUCAAAGGAGGCCACCGCCGCCACCUCCGCCGCCACUGCCACCAACACUACUGCCGCCGCUGCCACCUCUGCCACCGCCACCGCCACCGCCACCUCUGAAGAAGAGCAGGGACCACAACACAGGCUUGUGUCUCCUCGUGAUGUUCUUCAUGAUCCUGGUGGCCCUGGUCGCCCUGGGCCUGGGGAUGUUUCAGCUCUUCCACCUGCAGAGGGAGCUGGCCGAACUCAGAGAGUCCACCAGCCAAAGGCAUGUGGCAUCAUCUUUGGAGAAGCAAAUAGGUCACCCCAGUCCGCCCUCCGAAAAAAAGGAGCCGAGGAAAGUGGCCCAUUUGACAGGCAAGCCCAACUCAAGAUCCAUGCCCCUGGAGUGGGAAGAUACCUAUGGAAUUGCCCUGGUCUCUGGGGUGAAGUAUAAGAAGGGUGGCCUUGUGAUCAACGACACCGGGCUAUACUUCCUGUACUCCAAGGUGUACUUCCGGGGCCAGUCCUGCAGCAACCAGCCCCUGAGCCACAAGGUCUACAUGAGAAACUCUAAGUACCCCCACGACCUGGUGCUGAUGGAGGGGAGGAUGAUGAACUACUGCACUACCGGCCAGAUGUGGGCCCGCAGCAGCUACCUGGGCGCCGUGUUCAAUCUCACCUGUGCUGACCAUGUGUAUGUCAAUGUGUCGGAGCUCUCGCUGGUCAGUUUUGAGGAAUCGAAGACAUUUUUCGGCUUAUAUAAGCUCUAGGAAAAGCACUUUGGGAUUCUUUCCAUUACAUUGCAGGCAAUCAGAAUGUUGUCUUGAAGGAAAGUCUUCUUAUGCCUCCUGGAGGCCAAGUGAGAAGACAAACCAUGAGGGUCUUGAGGCCACAGGGUCCAGCAGUCCCUCGUACCACCUAAGGUCCGUGAGCCGGACAGGAGGACGAAUGUAACUCAUGGACAUAACACCCUGGGCUGCACGGCCAGAAGCAGACGCGGGGAGGGCAGCCCCCGGGGUGAUCUGCACGCGUCUUAAGUGGCCAAGGGUGUUUGGCACAUUGAAUGGGACACCUUUUAACUCACCUCUUGGUGGUGGGUCUACUGUCUACCUCAGGGGAGGCUGUCUUUCAGAAAUACGGACGGGACAUGAGCGCGUGAGGGCUGGAAAAAGAAGACUAGGCUUGCGUGCGUGAUAAGCUAAAAGGCCGGGAGGCCCACGUCCUACUCACAGCAUCUUGUACAUCCGUAGCCUGAGCCUCCAGAUGAUGCUAAUGGAGGAGUGGGGGAGGUCUUUGGGGGACCCAGUCCGUUCCCUAGACAGCAUGUAUAUUUCUAGUGCAAUUAUAGGUGCGCGUGUGUGUGCGUGUGUGGUGCGUGUGUGUGAGGGACUAGGCGAGCUGUGUAAUUAGAAAGGGGAGAUGGUGAAGGACGUGUUAGGGAAAUACAGGGUGUGUUUGGUGGUAGGUUUUGAAUGCUUCUUGGCAACCAACUCUAACAGUCCUCAAAACCCUUUGUCAGCUAGCGAGGCUGUUUUCUAU